GUGCCUCUUUGUUUUUGUGUUCAACCCGGCAGCGAGCCGCGAGUUCAAAUCGGUCGACCCACGCCGACUUGAGGUGGCCUUGUUCGGAGCUCUUGAUGAGAAACUCUUCGACUGUGAUUAUCAUCGUCAUCAUCUCCUGUGUGCUCGUGCCCUGCAAGAGCCCACGGAGAGAGGUGCCGUCUUUGCCCGCAAACAGCAGGCGAAGUCGUCGCUCCAGCGCUGUGGAACUCUUGCCAAGGAGGAGCUCAGCUGCUUGAAUUUUGCCGCCGCUUCUGGCGCCACGCGGCGGCGGCUUCUCUCUGUGCCGAGAGCCUUUUUAUAUUGACGAUCGCGAAUGUUGAAUUGGUGUUUUCGUUGUCUUUUGAAAGGGUCGCCCGAAACAAAAAAAACCCACCGUUAAUACCGUGCGCGGGGUGAAAAAUUAUAAUCUUGCGUUUAUUAAUGGGCGUUUUGUGCCAAUACUGCCGUGGGGAAUCGUCUUAUGAGAUGAAUUCAUUAUUAAGGAUCGUCUCGCAUUCACAUGCAUUGCGGCUCAUGAAAUGUUUAUGGGUUUUUUUUACUGAAUUCGAAAAACAUUGCUCUUGUUACUUGGGUUGCCGACCCAUGAUGUCGGAGAACUAUCCAUGGAUGUGGAUUUCACUGUUUCCUUUGAAGUCCCUUCAAGUUUGACCCCUGGUCUACACACUGGGGAGGGGGCAGCACUUUCUCAACCGCUUUGCCCACGGAGACGAGCUCGUCACAUGGCAGUCAAACAGAUUUUAAAUCGCAGAGCUGGGGAUUUGUCCAAUUUAAGCACACAACCGUAUUUAAUGUGAUACACUUUUUGUGAGACCGUCAACUCAUUACUGUACAUACACGAAUAAUAAUCCGGUAAAAAAAAAGCGUCAGCCUGGAUUUUAUCUCCUAAUCUCGGCCGCCCAUCUUGGCGACAUGAGCUUAGAAUCACCUGUCCACCCUCGCUUUAUACAUGAGAUGACAAAUAUUUCUAUAACUUAAUGUUUGUGCCCAGAUAGUGAGAGAGUACAUUUUUGACAAACAACAUAUUAAUAGGUUGUGUGUCUUAGGUGUGUUUUAAAUGCCAAUGAUAAAUACAGUAUUAGUACUGGAUUUUAUUGAAUCCCCUUACGUUGUUUACUCCAUCAAAGGCAAUGCAUCAAAUUGCACGCAAUUGAGACAGCAACAGUACAGUAAUAAGUGGGUUUUUUUUAAGUACCUUUAGUGCGAGGACGAACCUGUGUAUAGGUGUUUUUUUUUUCCAAGUUUGGAAAACUAUUAUAAUGCAAACAUAAUUGCAGUAGUUAUUGCCAAAAAAUAUUAGUCUUCAGAUCCACGCAUUUGUCAGCCAUGGAGUUCAAAGGGAUUUGUUUUAAUUAUAGUAGUUUGUAAAAAUCUAUGUAUUAUGGAAAAACAUGUUCUGGAAGGUUUCUGUGGAACCAACCAAUACCAUUACCUUCUGAACAUGAGACUUGUAUACGAGUAUUGAUGAUUGACACCUUCACAGAAACACCACUCCUCACCACUGACAUAAAAUUAGUUUUGGGAUGUUCAUUAAGUUCUCGUUUUCAAGACUUGUAAUUUAAAAUAUUGCAGCCCAGCACAUAGCUAACACAUCUAAUUUUGGCUUUACUCCAAGUCCCUUGGAACAGAAUCGUAUGUUGAUUCAAGUAAAAAUACAGAGUUCCUCUAUUCUUUGCCCAUCUCUACUCUCUAUCUGACAUUAAUAUUCCGACUGCUGCAUCCCCUCGCUGCUCCAAACCAACGAAUUUUCCAUGAAAGGGAGGGAAUUAAAAAUAUUAAUUUUGGGUUUGCAAAUGCAGGUUGUAUAUCUUGGGCUUUCAAACAUAAGUCUGAAGCCUUUCAUUUAGAAAAAAAAUCUUUAAAAGGACUCUCAGGGACAUCACCUAGUGAUGUCACUGUAAUGUAUAUCAGAAUAUUAAUUUAUACUGUAGGAAUCCGAUGAGCUAUAAAGCUCUGUUUCACAGAUGUCCUGUAUAUGUCAUAUGCAUUAUAAUGCAUACUGUAAAACAACAAAGAGUUGUGAAAAGAGACCACCUAAAUGAAGUACAAAUAAAAGCUUGAAAACAUCAGUCAAGUAUGGAGAGAAAAAUAACAGGUAGUGAGAAAUCAAUAAACUAAAGAAGUGAUAGACCAACACGAUAUACAUGGAGACUAUACUAAAUCAUGAAGAAAUAAACAAGUAGAUAGUAACAGCAACAACAUAAUGAUCGGGUCGCGAGUCAGAGCCAAAAGUAAUAAAAGUAUAUACAACAACAAAGUUUGGAGAGAAAGUAACUAAAUUGGAUCAAUAAAGCAAAAUACAAUAAUUUGACAGAUAAUAUGAGUGGCUCAUGGAAUUGUUGGAAUCACGUGUAGUUUCCGGGGAAUUGUAAAAGCUUGCCAUCUAGUGGCUGAACAGCUGUUGAGGCUAUGACGCCACCAGGCUACUCCAGACAGCGUGUGCCGAGUCACAAUGUGGCCUCACGCUAACGGACCAAACCGCGAGAAUUCCAUUUGAAAUCAAUGGUGAUUCUACGUAAGAUCCCUAGAUUGUUGGAAUUAUUUUUUUUUACAGCCUAAGGAUUGUCCAAUAUAAUCUUCAUUAAUUUCAAUGGAGACUUCUGAAUCUCCAUUAUAACUCAAACAAAAAACAUGCUCUGAUAACAUGUAUUGUCUUUGGAAGUAAAUGGGCCACACCAGAGACCGCUUUCUUUUAAGCCUAGUCUCAAAGUGUUAGACCAGAGAACGCCUAUUGUUAUAUUUUAAUACUGGCAAAGAAAGGUCCCAGUCUUUACACUGUCUAAAUGUAAAAUUUCCCUUUUUGACACUUAAGCCAUAAUUCACAUGUGAAUAACCAAUAUAAUUGAUGUAAACAAGUUGAUUGGUUGAGAUGUUUGUGCAGUGGGCAGUCCCCAGAUUUACCUUCCUGGAGAGACAGGAGUGGUAACGCUGGGUUAGGAUGUCGUCGGGGGAGGAGAGCUGUCGGCAGUCACCUGUUAUACCUGGAGAGAGUGACCGAGGAAGCUCCGUCUCAUCCGACUUGCAGGAAGAGUACGAGGAGCUGUUGAGGCACGCUGUGGUGAUGCCCAAGUGGGACGCCACCAGACCCCUUCCCAGACAGCACGUGCCGAGUCGUACUGUGGCCACACUCACCGAGGACCAAACCACACCAGCACUGGCUAUGGAAGAGGCAACGCAAGGCAGACAGCAGCAUGCAUCGUCCACCUCUGAGAAAACAGCACCAGGCAAUGACAAUGUUACUUCAUCCGUCAUCAGACAAGAGCAACGAGAGAAUGGCUCUGAGCCACGAGAGUCUGCACCCGUGCCCGUUCCUCUGGCAAGUCAACUGCUUCUCCAGACCCUCGGCAGGGUCUCUCCAGAGUCGGAGGAGACAGGAGGACCCACACUGCUUGGUCAAGACUCCCACUUAAACCAAGAUGAAGUUAGAACCCAGCCACUCCUCCCAGCUGACAAAUUGGAAAGAGUUGGGGAUAUACUGGACACUUGGUAUUCCAACCUCAAGAGAAAUGUUCUGAUGGAGCUGGGUCAGUGGAUGCAGUCCACGCAGCAGGAAUACAAGAAAGAGGCUCGGGAAGAGCAGGAGAGGCAUGCGGCUGAAGUCGCUCAGUUACAUGCCCAGUUGGGUGACCUACGCCAACUGCUGCACACCUUUGACAAAUCUGUCAAAUGCAAGGACCAGGUGAUCUCAAACCUGACAAACGGACUGCAGAAGGAAAAGGAGAAAAUGGAGAAACUGCGGGCAUUUACACACUGGAGGCUUCGACAUGCAGAUGAACAGCAGGAGGUGUUUUGUAGCCGCCUGGCAAGGCAGCACUAUCACCGAGCGCUGACAAAGAAAGUGUGGGCCGCCUGGCACUCGCUCGUGGAGAUACGCUGGCAACAGCGUGUGGAGCGCGCAUGCCAGGCCCGUGCGCAGGAAGUUUGCAUCCAAGUGGGCAAUGACUACGAAGCCCGCAUCAUUGCGUUGAACGAGGCCUUGGUGGAAGCUCAGGGCAAGAUGGCGCAACUGCAGGGAGAGCGGGAGCACUACAACGAGGCGAUGAAAAAGGCAUUCAUGCGCGGCGUGUGUGCUCUCAACUUGGAGGCCAUGAGCAUGUUCCAGGACAACGAGCGCAGAUUAGAGGCUGGUGUGCAUACAGCACCACAUUUUGGACCACCUGAUAGCGGGAGUGCUGCUGGGGGUGGUGGACCCUCAGAUGUUCAAUUCUCUCAACAAACCGACUUCUCUGAGGGUGGAGGUGCAGCUUUGGCUGAGAACAGCUGUGGCCGGGAACAAAUGGUAUCUUUACCAUUUGCUGCUGGUGGCUCGGUCACCUGCCCAAUGCAUGCUACGCUGCUCACAGAAAUAAGUGCACCACCAAGUCAUGGUACCCCAACCCUCGGAGCUCCACUUCUUGAUCAUGCGUCGGUGCGAGCGUCUUCUGAAAAAAUUCCACCAGCACGAGUCGUUGGUGGUGCUCAGCAGAAGGCAGGGCGUCCUGCGUCAGCAAGGCCUCCAUCAUCGUUUCCGGCCGAGCGGCUUGGGCGUGCAAGCAGAACAGCAGUGGAGCCUGCUGCAAGAUUUGGCCGGGGCAUGGUGGGGCUGGCACCGCCAAUGAGCACCGUUGUGAUUGAACGGCACCACCCGGUCACAAAGCAAACGGUAGGACACGCCACGGCCAUGCGACACCCACGUUCCGCUUCGGUGCCAGUCGGCGCCGGUGCUUCAGACGGUAAAGCGCCGGGGCCCGGCGCAAAGGGUGGCGGCGCCGUUAGCGGCGGGGCCCUUUCAUCUUCAGGCGCGCACACCAUCAGGGUGGUGGAUUAA